CGGGGGGCCGGCCGGGACACGGCGCCGGGGGCGGCGCGCCCUGCUGCCCGCCGCGGGCCCCGGGGCGCCGGGGCGCUGAGCAACAGUUGGCCCCGCCGCCGCCCAGCAUGAAAGUGUGCCGGCGGAAGGCGCUGGCGCUGUGCCUGGGCUACGCGCUGCUGCUGCUGCUCGCCGCGCUCAACCUGCUGGAGUACAAGUGGCGGCGGGAGCCGCGGCGCUGCGGGGAGCCCCCGGCAGCCCCCCGCCACCACCCCCCGCCGCCGCCGCCACCGGCCGGGAGCCGCGGCCCGGCGGGCGCCCGGCGGCAGCUGGUCUAUGUCUUCACCACCUGGCGCUCGGGCUCGUCCUUCUUCGGGGAGCUCUUCAACCAGAACCCCGAGGUCUUUUUCCUCUACGAGCCGGUGUGGCACGUCUGGCAGAAGCUGUACCCCGGUGACGCCGUCUCGCUGCAAGGGGCGGCCCGCGACAUGCUGAGCUCCCUGUACCGAUGCGACCUCUCCGUCUUCCAGCUCUACAGCACGGCGGGCGCCGGCAAGAACCUCACCACGCUCGGCAUCUUCGGGGCGGCCACCAACAAGGUCAUCUGCUCCUCGCCCCUCUGCCCGGCCUAUCGCAAGGAGGUGGUGGGGAUGGUGGACGACCGGGUGUGCAAAAAGUGUCCCCCGCAGCGCCUCAGCCGCUUCCAGGAGGAGUGCCACAAGUACCACACGCUGGUCAUCAAGGGCGUGCGUGUCUUUGACCUGGCCGUCCUGGCCCCGCUCAUGCGGGACCCGACCCUGGACCUCAAAGUCAUCCAUCUGGUGCGGGACCCCCGCGCCGUCGCCAGCUCCCGCAUCAAGUCCCGGCACGGCCUCAUCCGGGAGAGCCUCCAGGUGGUGAGGAGCCGGGACCCCCACAUCCACCGCAUGCCCUUCCUUGAUGCUGGCCACAAGCUGGGCGGGAAGAAGGAGGGGGCGGGCGGCUCGGACUACCAUGCCCUGGGUGCCAUGGAGGUCAUCUGCAGCAGCAUGGCCAAGACCCUGCAGACUGCUCUGCACCCCCCUGACUGGCUCCAGGGCAAUUACAUGGCCGUGCGCUACGAGGACCUGGUGGUGGAGCCCAUCAAGACCCUGCGGCAGGUGUACGGCUUUGUGAACCUGGCAGUCAGCCCGGAGAUGGAGAAGUUCGCCCUCAACAUGACCAGUGGCCCCGGCUACUCCUCCAAGCCGUUCGUGGUGUCGGCCCGGAACGCCACCCAGGCGCUGAGUGCCUGGAGGACUGCGCUCAGCUACCAGCAGAUCAAGCAGGUCGAGGAGUACUGCCAGCAGCCCAUGGCCCUGCUGGGCUACGAGCGGGUGGGCAGCCCCGAGGAGGUGAAGGACCUCAGCAGAACGUUGCUCAGGAAGCCGCGGCUGUGACGGGGCAGCGGCGCCCGGGGGUGGCGGAGCCGGGCGGAGGAGCCGCUCCGGCUGCCCCGAGUGAGGGAGGGAGCCGGGAAAAGCAACCUGGUCUCCGACUUCCUCCAAAGACUGCUGAAGGGUAACAUACAGUAAUGUGAUUAAUUUUUUUUUUUUACCCACCCCCUUUGCAUUGAGUUAGAUGCGAUUUAAAAACCAAAAUCAAGUGGAACUGAAAAUAUGUGUAAAGCCCCCCCCUUCCUCCUCUCUAAAACACCAGGCAUUUAUUCUGUACCAAUAUCGUGUUCAUGAAGUUCUUGUGGGUUUGAAGAUGGUAACAAAAACUCUUGCACAAUUCCUAACACAUCUUUUAUCUCCCUUGGUGCGGAGGGGAUGCCCUUGGAAAACAUAAUGCUGAAAAUCAGACUUUUGUAUGAAAGCAAAUGUUCAGACAUGAUAGUAAUAAAAGAAAAUAAUAAAUGAUAUUCAUUUUUAUAAUUACCUCAAUUGUUUGGGAAAUACAGUGUUGCUUAUGUACAGCUAGAGGGGAUGCUUGCUUAAAAUAACAACGUGGACUUCUUAAAGGGUAUGGGCGGAGGGCUGGAGUGCAACAUUUGAUGCAUUCAAAGAUCAGGAGCUGCUCUUGCAGAAGCAAAUACAGAUCUUGCAAGUGUAGUACAGGUUAUAUGGCUGUGUCAAAGCAGGUUUCUAUUUAACUAUUGUCUUUUCUGUUGUAUUUAAAAGUCUUUCAAGUGCCACUGUAUUAGUGUCCUAAGAGUUUUAAAACGUUUGCCAUCGCAGCAGUAUUUAUUUUUGUCUUGACAUGUGUGUCCAGGAGUCACUGUCAAGUAGAAGUGGAUCUACAGCGUGACAAGAAAUGCAGGAUUUAAAAAGACAUUUAUCAUACUGGAAUCAUUAGCAUGUGUGACAACAAAAAUAAAAUUACAUAUAUUAUAUAUAUUCUAUAGUGCUAACAAAACAUAAGAUGUAAGAUAUUUCUUGGCAUUGGUUGGUAACAGGCAGAGCAGGGAAGCAAAGAAAAAUGCAUAAAAUGAUUUAUUUUUUCCCUUUGUCUGUGUCCGAGGGUAUAUUUAUGUAUGAAGAGGGAGGAAAUGUACAGCUGUGUGUUCAUGGCUGUAAUAGAGCUUUUAUGGAGCCAGCCCAGCGUUUGAUUUCAGAGCGCUGGUUGGAGACUCAUUGCCUGUGAAUUGUCAUUGCUCUGUGAUGGAGCCAGAUGGUGGUCUGGCUCUUUCUGGGAGCUCUGCCUAGAGUCUGUCCCAUCGUUAAAACUUGAUGAUUAAAAAAAAAGGAAAGAGAUUUUACUACUUCUGCUUUUGUAAUUUCUUGGAAAAAGUCCUGAUUUAUUAAAGGUUAAGUGGUGUGUUGCAUAUGAAAAGUGCAGACACCCUAAGUAAUUUUUAAUCUUGGUGUUCUCUGCUGCUCUUUGAAGGCUCAUUUUGGAACUUGAGUUUUUAAACAAAUGUAGUUUUGCCAAACUCUUCUCUUAGGAGACUACAGACUUUUCUACAGGAAGUACAUUUUACAUUGCCUAUUUGGUGUUGUGCCUUCAGAAAAUGUGAAGAGUAUGAGUAGGAAAAAGGAGAUUGAUUUGUGAAAAUAAAUUAAUAUGAACAGGAUGCUGACACGUGUGUGUGUAUGUGUGGGUGUAUGUGUGAAAAUUUUAGUGAUGUGUAAUAUGUCUAUUUCUUGUAACUCAAGUUAAACAGCUGAUAACUGGCUACUAAGAUUUUUGAGUUCUUGAUGAAAUUUUGGCAUUAGAUGUUGAAUUUAUUCUGAAAAAGAAAAGCAUUUAAUAAACUAGUUAAAAGAUUAUUGCA